UUUGCAAAUAGUCAGAAGGUACGAUGUUGAAGACACUUGGCAUUGAUGACUCCUCCCCUCCUUCAGGCAUGUAUAAGAGAGGUCGUUGGUCCUCUGGAGGAGUUAUUGCUUAUCUAUACUCUUGUGCACCAAGGUGUUGGAACACUUAGCCGACAAGAUGUUUUUCCUUAUAGUCUUGGUACUAGCUGCGGUUUGCACUACCCAUAGCAUGCCUCAGCGCGAAACUCCACAAAUCUCAUCCCGGAUUGGUGAAUCCAAGCAACUUCUUUACGUUCCUGAGAGACAGCAAUAUACUCCUGAGUUGCAGUACGACCUGUCGCUUUUAGACCCUCAGUUCCACGUUUCUUCAUACAAUUUUAUCGGAGAUAAACAACAUUUCCCGAGAGUACAACCACAAAUCGUUUUAAUUAACGGCGGCGGCGCGAAUCCUGGCCAAUUCCUCCUCCAACCUGGCUCCCCCCCUGGCAACUUCCUUGUGCCCCAACCCGGCCCCAACGUAAUCCUCAGGGACCCUCAAGCGCCCCAAAGACCCGUCUUCGUCGCCGGGUACCCCAAACCGGCCCAUAUUCCCCCUAUUGAGAAGGAUGCCGAAGAAGUACCAACCAAUCCAGCAAAAAUUCCACCACUUACACCCAAAGGAGACAAAAAACCUGAAAAACUAGAAACCUUUGAUGAGAUUGACAAUUCAAAGAAACAAGCAACUGAAGCUGAAGUUCUUGCUGCAGCUGACCGAAAUCCGGCCUUCAACACCAGGACGAAUUUGCGUCCAGGACAGAGAUUUUUCAUUCUUAAUGGCCAACCUCUCUUCUCCAAUUUCCCCUACAACAAUCAGAUUUAUCCCGGGAUUAAUCCCAACCUGAAAUAUGCUCAAGUAACUCCCAAUUUCGUCCCUCAAACUCCUGCCAAAAAUAUCUCUCCCUUCCAAAACGUCCUUUUCAGAAACGCUCCAGUCGAUAGUACACAAAAACUAGCCAGUAGUGAUUUUCACCAAUCCUACCCUGAAAAUUUAGUCCUCCUCAACCAACCCGGAAUUUUCCAGGACGACCUAAUUUUCAGGAGUCCUGCUCUUCCUUUGAAUCUCCAACAGAAGCCAAAAGACGAGCCCCAACUCCGAGAAAAUGAAAACGGUUUUGGACUUUUCCACUUGAAAAACAAUGAGGAGCAAGAGGAUGAUACUGUUAUAAUUGACGCAAAAGAGCAACAAGACGGAACCGAUGGUAAUAACAAUGAGCAAGACACCGAGGCUGAAGUGGUUUCAGCUGCUGAUAAACCAGACAGCGAGCCUACCAUUUCCCAAGCUCAACCAGGGGCUAUAGCCCUUGCCGGCCCUGGCGGAGUCGCAGCUGCUGCCCCUCGAGGGACCGCGUUUGUAGGGAAGGAAGGAGUUGCCGUUUCGAGUCCUCAAGCUACUGCCGUUGCGGGUCCCAGCAAGGACGCAAUCCAGGAAAAUAAGAAUAAAAAGCAAAACAAGAGAAAGCAAUGAUUUUUGUGAUAUUUAGAUGAUUUCGAAUCGCUGAAUUAAAAUAAAAAUGAUGGUUUUAUUUUUAAACUACAUAUUUAUAAGAAUUUGGAAAACGAAUGUGGUAAUUUUUGUAACUAUUACCAUGUAAUUAUAAUUAGAAAUGUAAAACGUAAUGAAAUAAUUUUUUAAUAAA